AUGUCUAGCUGGGACUCGCCACCAGAUUACCCCCUCAGUUCAGACUUAGUGAGGAGAUUAAAGUCUGCUCUGGCCACUGGGGACGAAGACACUGUACAGGAGCUGAUCUGCACUGGGGUGGAGCCCGUGGACGCCGUGAUAGAGCUUGCUAAUGAUGACUGGAUGAAGGAGCCCUCAGCCAAGCUUCCCACAGGCGUACUGCUAGGAGACCUGGACCAUAUCCGAUUCCUCAUAGGCUAGUGCUUCUGGGAUGCCAAUGUGGUGUUUGAGAUCAGUAACGAAGAGAUGGAAUGGCAGGUGGCAUCCCUGGCCACCUUUGGGCUCUCAGGCCUUUGGACCCUGGAAUACAAGCGUGAGCUCACCACUCCGCUGUGCAUCGCUGCAGCCCACGGCCACGAGUCCUGCGUGCGACACCUGCUCAGUCGCAAAGCUGAUCCGGAUGCCAGCCCCGGAGGUCGUGGUGCCCUACAUGAGGCCUGUCUAGGGAGCCAUACCGCCUGCGCCCGGCUGCUGCUGCAGCAUGGAGCAGACCCAGAUCUACUCAGCUCCGAGGGCCUGGCGCCCCUGCACCUAUGCCGCACACCCGCCUCGCUUGGGUGCGCCCAGGUGCUGCUGGAGCACGGCGCGACAGUCCAGCUGGAGGGUGGCCCUGGCCGAGACACGCCGCUGCACGUGGCGGCCCAGCGCGGCCUGGACGAGCACGCACAACUCUACCUGGGCCGCGGGGCGCGCGUGGACGCGAGGAAUGGCCGCGGCGAGACGGCCCUGAGCGCAGCGUGUGGAGUGGCGGCACGGAGCCCUGACGAGCACGCGCGCUGCCUGCGCCUGUGCGCGCUCCUUCUGAGCGGGGGCGCGGCGGUAGACGCGCGCGACGAGGACGAGCGCAGCCCACUGCACAAGGCCUGCGGCCACGCGCGCCCCGGCCUGUGCACGCUCCUGCUGCAGCACGGCGCCAACCCGAACGCGAUCGACUACGGUGGCGUCCCGCUGGCGCGAGCGCUGCAGACGGCCACGUGCGCGAUCCCGACAGAGUCGCUGCGCACGGUCCAGGCGCUACUAAACCACGGAUCUCGCUCCUUGUGGCCUGAUGCCUUCCCCAAGGUGCUGAGGACAUGUGCACAGGUGCCCGCUGUCAUUGAAGUUCUGUUCAACUCCUACACUCAGCUCCGAGUGUCUGAGUCCUGGCGGGAAGCCAUCCCUGAAGAAGUAUACCAGACGCACAGGCCUUUCUACAGGUCUCUCUUCGCCUUGGCACACACCCCGCGCUGCCUGCAGCACCUUUGCCGCUGUGCCAUCCGAAAACUCCUAGGCAAGGGGUGCAUUCACCUUGUGCCCCGGCUACCAUUACCCAAGACUCUGCAAAAGUAUCUGCUUUUGGAGCCAGAGGGUGUUUUGCAUUGA